AAAGCUCCGUACCGUAUUUUUAACACCUGGCUUGGAGAUCCAUCCAAGAACCUUAUGCUUGCUGAAGUUAUUAAGGUUAUUAAAAAUGAAGACCUUCUCAGCAAUGCAGUCCAUGCAGGAAAAGCACUACUGACCGGGCUCCUGGAUUUACAGGCUCGCUACCCCCACCUCAUCAGCAGAGUGAGAGGAAGAGGAACGUUCUGCUCCUUUGACACUCCAAAUGAUGCAACUAGAAACAAAUUAAUUACAAUAGCCAGAAACAAAGGUGUGGUGCUGGGAGGCUGCGGGGACAGGUCGAUUCGGUUUCGGCCAACGCUGAUCUUCAAGGACCAUCACGCACAUCUCUUCCUGAACAUUUUCAGUGACAUCUUAGCGAACUUCAAGUAAAAAGCAGCUCCCUUGCAUUGAACAACUCAGAUUACGAGAUUAGUUUGCAUUAAUUCAUGUCUCUCCACUUACAAGAUAAGUGUAGUCAUAAGCCGAGGUUUG